AUGUCAGAGUUCAGAAUUAAGGCCGGGUUGGCCCAGAUGUUAAAGGGUGGUGUCAUCAUGGAUGUAGUAACUGCAGAACAAGCCAAAAUAGCUGAGAAGGCCGGUGCUUGUGCAGUUAUGGCAUUGGAACAAAUCCCCGCAGAAAUGAGAGCUAGUGGCAGAGUAUGUCGUAUGUCUGAUCCCAAGAUGAUCAGAUCGAUUAUGGAAGCCGUUUCCAUUCCUGUUAUGGCUAAAGUUAGAAUUGGCCAUACUGUAGAAGCACAAGUGUUGGAGGCCUUGGAAAUUGAUUACAUUGAUGAAAGUGAAGUGUUGACUCCAGCUAACAAGGAACUUCAUAUUGCCAAGAGUGACUUCAAGGUCCCCUUUGUGUGUGGAGCCAAAGAUUUAGGCGAAGCCUUGAGACGGAUUAAUGAAGGUGCAGCUAUGAUUAGAACCAAAGGUGAAGCCGGUACCGGAGAUGUUUCCGAAGCGGUGAAACACAUUUCCAAGAUCAAAGCCGAAAUUGCCGAAUAUUCCAAGAUUACUGAUGAAAAUGAAUUGAAUGCCUUAGCAAAGGAGUUAAGAGUCCCUAGAUCACUCUUAGAUGAAGUUUUAAAGGCCGGUAGAUUACCCGUUGUCAACUUUGCUGCUGGAGGGGUUGCAACUCCUGCAGAUGCUGCUUUAUUGAUGCAAUUGGGUUGUGAUGGGAUCUUUGUAGGUUCGGGUAUUUUCACGUCAGAAAAUCCUCAACUUUUGGCUACUGCCAUUGUAAAUGCUACUACUCAUUACGAUGAUCCGAAGAAGGUUUUGGAUUAUUCAACUGAUUUGGGUAAGUUGAUGUUUGGAGUUGCCAUUGAUUCAAUUGGCGAUAAGGACCGUUUAUCUAAAAGAGGUUGGUAA